UUUUUUUUAUCGUUUUCUAUGAUUUAUUAGUGAAAUUAAACUGAGUCACAUAAUUAAUAAUGGCUGGGCAAGGUCACCAAUUCCCUGGAAAUUUCCAGGGUAACGCAGGAGCCAUGAGAACGGGCUUCGGCGGUGGGCCUAUGGGCGCACAAAUGCAGUCGAUGCCUAAUCAAUUGACCGGUGUAAUGGGAGGUCCUAUGGGAGGUGCAGCUGGUAUGGUGGGAAUGGGCAACCCAAUGGUUCCUCCAUAUGGUGCAGGAAUGCAAAAUCAAAUGGGAGCUAUGGGCAUGGGCCCACAGGCAAUGGGAGUGGUUGGUGGUGCACCUGGAGCUGGUCUUGGACCACCUGCUGUUCCUCAACAAGUGGCUGCAAUGCAAGCUGGUGGUGGUGUAGUGCCAACAGUUGCCCCACAGCCUGCAGCUCCACCUGUACAAACACCUCCACAAAACAAGGAAUUUAACACUGCUUCUCUUUGCAAGUUUGGUCAAGAAACUGUUCAAGACAUAGUCAGCAGAACCCAAGAUGUAUUUCAGACUUUAAAAGCUAUUCAACCCCCAAACGGCACGCAGCACGGGGAAAACGCGAGCAACGACAAGAAAGCCAAGAUGCAGGAGCAAUUGCGUACCAUCAGAUUGUUAUUCAAACGUCUCAGGCUUAUUUACGAGAAGUGCAAUGAGACUUGUCAGGGUAUGGAAUAUACACACAUGGAGAGCCUGAUCCCGCUAAAAGACGAAGCUGAUAACAAAACAUUAGACGAACGACGUGGCACAGAGGCUUAUAGGCUGGCUUUGGAAGAAAACAAGGAACUUACGGAUCAGACGAUACCUUGUUACUGAGGGUCGUGACUCCCCCGCGGAAGUAAGCUCCGCAUGACAACAACGCCGUGCCAUCUGUGGCGGUCUCUGGCAUAGUAGAGCGCAUCAUGGAUACCCAUGCCGAGAGCCGUAUAAAGCUGAUCGGACCAUUUUUGGGACACCGACUCCUCGGACGUUUACCGUCGAUCCGUCCGAUGACCAUUACGUGUUCGAGGUUGUGCCUUUCUUUGCUGGAAAUGUGACCAAAGAAAUCAAGUAUCCUACAAAGACAUAAGGUGCACGGUCUGGUCUGGACGUUAAGUUCUCGCGAAAUUGAGUCGUUGGUGCGAAAAUCCAACGGACUCCCAACAUUUUUCUCCAGCACCACAUCUCG